AUGUACCGUGCGCUGUACGCCUUCCGCUCAGCGGAGCCAAAUGCGUUGCCGUUCUCUGCGGGCGAGACCUUCCUGGUGUUGGAGCGCAGCAGCGCGCACUGGUGGUUGGCAGCGCGAGCGCGCAGCGGCGAGACAGGCUACGUGCCACCCGCCUACCUGCGCCGCCUGCAGGGCCUGGAACAGGAUGUCCUACAGGCCAUUGACCGGGCCAUCGAGGCUGUGCACAAUGCCGCCAUGCGAGAUGGUGGCAAGUACAGCCUGGAGCAACGUGGAGUCCUACAGAAGCUGAUCCACCACCGGAAGGAGACGCUGUCCCGCAGAGGCCCGUCAACUCCUAGCCCUGUAGCUAUGACCCCAUCCACCAGUGACCACCAUCUGGAUGCCGCUGCUGCCAGGCAGCCCAACGGGAUGUGUCGCACUGGGUUUGAACGGCAGCAUAGCCUGCCCAGCUCUGAGCACCUUGGGCCAGAUGGAAGCUUUUACCAGGUAUGUGCCCCUCUUUGUGCCCCCCACCAGAUCCCACCACAGCCCCGGAGAGCAGCACCCACCACACCACCGCCGCCUGUGAAACGCCGAGACCGCGAGGCUCUGAUGGGCUUGGGGAGUGGCAGCCGCACCAUCACGCCCUCGGGGGGCAGCUCUGUGUCCAGCGGCUCCUCAGUCAGCAGCACCUCCCUUGACACAUUGUAUACCGGCUCCAGCACCUCUGAGCCGGGCCCCAGCUGCUCACCCACCCCGCCACCUGUACCGCGCAGGGGCACCCACACCACAGUUUCUCAGCCCCAGUCCCCUCCACCGAAGGCACCAACCCCCGAGCCCCCUGCAGAGGAGGAAACAGUUGGUACGAGCUCAGCUGCGGCGACCCCUGAUGAGCUGGAGGGUCUGAAUGCCCUGAGCCUGGCGACCACAGAGGAGAAGGCAGUGGCCGAGACGACUGUGCCCAAGAGCAUCGGGGCAGAGCUGAUGGAGCUCGUGCGCAGAAACACUGGCCUGAGCCAUGAGCUGUGCCGCGUGGCCAUUGGUAUCGUGGUGGGCCACAUCCAGGCCUCUGUGCCGGCCAGCUCACCUGUCAUGGAACAAGUCCUCCUCUCACUGGUAGAGGGCAAGGAUCUGAGCACAGCCCUGCCCUCGGGGCAGGUCUGCCAUGACCAGCAGCGGCUGGAGGUGAUCUUUACAGACCUGGCUCGGAGGAAAGAUGAUGCCCAGCAACGCAGCUGGGCCCUGUACGAGGACGAGGGCGUCAUCCGCUGCUACCUGGAGGAGCUGCUCCACAUUCUGACUGAUGCAGACCCCGAAGUUUGCAAGAAAAUGUGCAAGAGGAAUGAGUUCGAGUCUGUCCUGGCCUUGGUGGCCUAUUACCAAAUGGAGCACCGGGUGUCCCUGCGGCUUCUGCUUCUCAAGUGCUUCGGCGCCAUGUGCAGCCUGGAUGCAGCCAUCAUCUCCACGCUCGUGUCGUCCGUGCUUCCUGUGGAGCUGGCUCGGGACAUGCAGACAGACACUCAGGACCACCAGAAGCUCUGUUAUUCUGCCCUCAUCCUGGCAAUGGUCUUCUCUAUGGGGGAGGCAGUGCCCUACGCUCACUAUGAGCACCUGGGCACACCGUUCGCCCAGUUCCUGUUGAGCAUCGUGGAGGAUGGGCUGCCGCUGGACACCACCGAGCAGCUGCCCGACCUUUGCAUGAACCUGCUGCUCGCGCUCAACCUGCACCUUCCAGCCCCGGACCAGAACGUCAUCAUGACUGCGCUGAGCAAACACACCAACGUCAAGAUCUUUUCCGAAAAGCUGCUGCUGCUCCUGAACAGAGGGGAUGACCCCGUGCGCAUCUUCAAGCACGAGCCGCAACCGCCGCACUCCAUCCUAAAGUUCCUGCAGGAUGUUUUCGCCAGCGCCGACACGGCCUCCAUCUUCUACCACACGGACAUGAUGGCGCUCAUUGACAUCACCGUGCGGCACAUUGCAGACCUGUCACCUGGAGACAAGCUGCGCAUGGAAUACCUCUCCCUCAUGCAUGCCGUGGUCCGCUCCACGCCCUACCUGCAGCACCGCCACCGGCUGCCUGACCUGCAGGCCACGCUGCGCCGCAUCCUAGCUGAGGAGGAGGCCUCGCCCCAGUGCCAGAUGGACCGCAUGAUUGUCCGAGAGAUGUGCAAGGAAUUCCCAGUGCUGGGCGAGGCCCCCAGCUAG